CUCUGUUCCAGGAGGCUGCGACUUCCAGGAGGACUGAGAGAAGGCAGACGCAUCCCGGACUCAUUCGAAGACAAGGUCUCAGCUUUUGACAGGUUAACUUGAGGCAUGUCUGAAGCAAGCAAGAGUGGUACAGAUGCAGACAGCUUCCUGACUAAAGCAUCUGAAAAGGUCAGUGGCUUGGAGAUGCAGACCAUGUUGACAGCGAACCAGAACUUAGAGGUCUCAAAGACACCAAAGACCUCAAAGGAACCCAAGGUCUCUGAGGCCAUGACGGUAUUAAAUGCUGCAGGUGUCUCAAAGGCUACAGAGGGUUCAGAGGCCCAAGAGGCUCAGAAGGCAACUGCCGUUCAGGCCUCACCUACCACUAAGCUGACUGAUACCCAGGUUCUGACAGCUGAAAAGAAGAGUCCAGCAGCUGAUACUAAGACACAGAAUGCUGACUCAAAGGCUGUGAAAAUAUCUGUCACUGAGACCAAAAAGGACAGCUGUGUGACUGAUACAAAAGUUAAUACCAAGAUGUUGGAAACUGAGGCAGAUGCUGCUCAGGCUCCAGCAGAUGAAUCUGAAUCUGAGAGUGCAGCUGUACAGGCUCAGGAAACUCUGGACACUAGGCCCAAGGUCAAGGCCAAGAAAGCCCGAAAGGUCAAACAUCUGGAUGGGGAAGAGGAUGGCAACAGUGAUCAGAGUCAGGCUUCUGGAACUACAGGUGGCCGAAGGAUCUCAAAGGCACUAAUGGCAUCAAUGGCCCGUAGGGCUUCAAGGGGACCCAUAGCCUUUUGGGCUCGCAGGGCAUCAAGGACUCGAUUGGCUGCUUGGGCCCGGAGAGCUUUGCUAUCCCUUAGGUCACCUAAGGCCCGUAGGGGCAAGGCUCGCCGCAGAGCUGCUAAACUCCAGACAGCCCAAGAGCCUGAAGCACCACCACCUCGGGAUGUGGCCCUUUUGCAAGGGAGGGCAAAUGAUUUGGUAAAGUACCUAUUGGUUAAAGACCAGACGAAGAUUCCUAUCAAGCGCUCAGACAUGCUGAAGGACAUCAUCAAAGAAUACACUGAUGUGUAUCCUGAAAUCAUUGAACGAGCAAGCUAUUCCUUGGAGAAGGUAUUUGGGAUCCAAUUGAAGGAAAUUGAUAAGAAUGACCACUUGUAUAUUCUCCUCAGUACCUUAGAGCCCACUGAUGCAGGCAUACUGGGAACGACUAAGGAUUCACCAAAGCUGGGUCUCCUCAUGGUACUUCUCAGCAUCAUCUUUAUGAACGGAAACCGCUCCAGUGAGGCUGUCAUCUGGGAGGUCCUGCGCAAGUUGGGGCUGCGCCCUGGGAUACAUCACUCACUUUUUGGAGACGUGAAAAAACUCAUCACUGAUGAAUUUGUGAAGCAGAAGUACUUGGACUAUGCCAGAGUUCCUAAUAGCAAUCCUCCGGAGUAUGAGUUUUUCUGGGGCCUGCGCUCCUAUUAUGAGACCAGCAAGAUGAAAGUCCUCAAGUUUGCCUGUAAGGUACAAAAGAAGGACCCUAAGGAAUGGGCAGCUCAGUACCGGGAGGCAAUGGAAGCAGAUAUGAAGGCUGCAGCUGAGGCUGCAGCUGAAGCCAAGGCAAGGGCUGAGAUUAGAGCCCAGAUGGGCAUUGGGCUUGGUUCCGAGAACGCUGCUGGACCUUGCAACUGGGAUGAAGCUGAUAUUGGACCCUGGGCCAAAUCUCGGAUCCAGGCUGGAACUAAAGCUAAAGCCAAAGCCCAAGAAAGUGGAGAAGCCAGUGCUGGUGCCAGUGUCAGUCCCACUGGUGGCUUUACUGCCAGCAAUAGCCUCACUACCACUCUUACCUUGGGGCUCUUUUCAGGCCUUGGUGGAACUGGUGGCAGCACCAGUGGCAGUUCUGGUGCCUGUGGUUUCUCCUACAAGUGAGAUUUCAGAUAUUGCUAACCUCAGCAGUCUUUCUCUUCAAGCCAGGGUGCACCUUCUGAAAUUUACUCAAUACAGCACCAUAGGCAGCCACUAUCAAUCAAUUGAAGUUCACACUACUCCAUAUUAAAUCUAUUUACCAUUUCUGA